AUGGCUGCCUUCAGGGUUAAAAACAUCUCGUGCUGUUUUUCAUCCUUACGACAAAGUUUUUUGCAGAAUAAUAGGAUCGAUCUAAAUGACUUACCACGAUUAGUGUUAAUUCUUUCAAGAUGCAAUCUUUCCAUUGCAGCACGUGAAGUAAAAUCAAGUGAGGAUGCAGUCGAAAGUCAUCCCAAAAAGACCAAAAUUCCAAUCCUAAGUGACUUUGAGAACAGAAAUCCUCGAAAUCCUGAGUAUUUUGGUUAUAACAAGCCCAGAGGAUAUGCUACUCAAAAAUACAGGAAAGAUUACUAUAACAAGUAAGUUACCUGUGGUACUGUCAUCAUGAUUGUAAUGUAAAUUUCCGCGCUCCUUAAAGCACAGGCCGCCCAAGCUUGGGAUGAUGUAGGUGCGAAAUAGCGGUCAUGGCGUAAAAAAAGAGUUUUUAUGGGUAUAUUUACAAUAUGCUUUAGACCAGUCCACUAGAAAACUGAGGAAGCUAAAAACUCACAAAAAUCGCAAGACGGCAAGUAAUACACAAUGUAUACCACGGAAGUAAGAUAAUUUUAUAGUUUUUAUGUUUUUUAAAGCAAAUCAUAAAUAUCCCCAUACAAAAUAUGAUUUGUGUAAAUUAGAAUUGACAUAAAUUAUUAUUUUGCUGUCAUAGAACAGAGACCUGGGUUCUAGCGUAGCGCUCGAGUGGUCAGGGUUGGGGGGUUUAAUAUAGUGACCAUUUAGUUAUGCGUGUCAUUCUGCGGUCGGCCUCGCCAUGUCAACUUGCUUUGUUUAGUUUAGUUUUCACUUAUUCUGUUAGCCUUAAUUUCGUUACCAUCUGUACUGGUCCCUAUGUUUCUUAGCUAUUUUAUGUAACAUCUCGUUUUCUGCUCGUCUUUAUGUUAUUUGGCUUUAUUUUAUUAGUUCUGCCUUAUAACUCCAAAGGUGAUGCCAUAGCAUAGGUUGGGGUUACAUGAUCCCUAUUUUUCCAAUAGUUGGUUUUUUCAGGUUUACAUGUCAGGCUGUGGCAUGUUCUUAGAAUUACUGUAACAGUGGAGUUUUUCACGUGAGUUAAUAAAGUGAAUUAUGUGCCAGGCUGACCAACGCACCCAUGCCUCCAAAUGUUGUUUUGUUUGUUCGGUUGUGUAGUGGAGACAAAAUCUGAUAUAUUUUUGCCAUGACUGCUAUUUAACAAUUAUUCCACGAGGGCGCGUUGGAUAUGAGAUGAUAGAUAGCCAACGAGGCGCAUAGCGCCGAGUUGGCUAUAAUCAUGUCAUAUCCAACAAGCCCGAGUGGAAUAAUUGUUUUAUUAAAAACGCCCACAAAAUCUCGUUGAAUCGCCCCGACUAGAACAAACCGGAAAAGACAAGGGACCUCCGCUAUUGACAUGUCACACGUCUAUCAAAACUGUCAACGCGCGAACGGACUCGCCUGGACUGCAUGAAUGAAAAAUCAAAACAUUGUGAGAUGAACUUUAGUUUUUUAAAAACUCAUCGUGAUUCUAGGAUUUUACACAGCAGAACAGCUUAAAAAACCUGGCAGAUAAUGUGAAGGAAAGGAAUUUUUAAGUGACAGCCGUCGAAAUUACUAUGAAUUUGGAUUUUCGAUGCAGUUAUAAAAGUAAGAACAACGGAGAAAAACUACCGGUAUUACCUCGGUCGCUUGUUAUGAAGUUGUUUGAAGCCACAAGCUGGUUUUGCUGAACGAGAAAAGAAGCUAUACUGCCGCCUCGAUUGCUCUAGUGAAUGGCUGCAUAGCCUGUAUUUGUAGCUGGUUACUUGUGAUUUAUAUUCUUGAUGUCGGAUAAACAAGCUGCAGUUAUCUAUCGGCGAGUGACUCGAUCGGCGAAUGGCUUCGGGAUCAUGAAGAAACAACACUUGUCUUCUUUCGUAGCUGGUCAAGGUACCUUAGUUCCAUGUGUUUUCAUGUGUUUUUCGACAAACUUUCCAACAAGCUCUUGUGGCUUUUUUGUUUGUUUUUGUCUUUUUUCUUUCGUUGAAAUUGCAUUUCUAGUAUUCUAAGAAAUGAAUUAAAACGAUUGCUUCGGGCGCCGUUCUAUCCUUGGCGAAAAAAAAUCUCAGCUAGCUUCCAAUUUUAAACUGACGCGUACACCGACCAUAUAUGGAGAACAUGGUAUAUUAGCUCAUAUACCAUAACAGCUAAGCCAAUCAAACUGCUAGAAUUGCAUUAUCCAAUGAUUCAGUUUUUAAUAAUUUGCAAUAUCCUCUUCAAUGAGCUUGGGCUUCCUUUGCUCACAGGAGUACGUAUUAAAUCCUGAUCCAGCUCACCCUCUGCUAUGUUGGAGGUAUCUGAUAAAGUUCAGAUUUUGAGUAUUGUUGAUUCUCGAUUCCACAGGUGUUUGAUCAUAAAACCCAGCCCUGUCAAAGUUGCUGGCUGCAUAUUGUGUUAUAAUGUCAUAAUAAUAAUUAAUAUAAUUAUUAUGACAUAAUUCUCCAAUCUGAUUGGCUGUUCAUGGCCCUGAUUUCAGCAUUAAUAGGACAGUGUAAUAGGACAGUGUGUGUCAUACCUAAAUAGUUGGACAGUUAUUGGACUUGAUUCUAUUGUUUCAUUGAUAUAGAUUGAAAUUCAUUAUCUCAAAUCGCCACUCAAGAGCUGAGGUGUUGCACAACAGUGGAGUGGUCCUUGUCUCAGCAUCCACUGCAGAGUUUGAAAUCACAAAACACCUUUACAAAACCACAGACAUAAGUGCUGCUAAGAACCUUGGUAGGGUGUUGGCUCAACGAUGUCAGGAGGCAGGAAUUACAAGAGUUUAUUGGGAACCUCAGUAUGGUGACAGAAAUAAACUACGGGUAAUGUUUAUGGUGAUGUCAUAUUGUGAAGUUGUCACCAGUUUCCCAGUGAUUUUGUUACAAAUGGUUAUGGUGAGUCCUGGGACUCAUCUUGUGAAAACCCAUCAGUCCCUGUCCAUAACCAAUAAAAUCCCAGUUCAAAAAAUCAAGGAGACCUAAAUUGAAAAUGUUUGGGCCUUUAUGUAACCAGACAGUUAAUAUGCAGACAGAUGCCAAAAGUCUUUAUUACAGUUUACUAAAAUUAAAAAUAGUCCUUCUAUAAAUGUAAAGCACAAAAAAGACUAAAAGAAAUAUGCAUCUUUAAACAACAACCACAAAAAUCACUCGAACAGGAUAUUCUACCAAAAGAUCGAUCCUUCUUUGCUUCCUAUGGGAUGUGUGCCAUGAAUUAUUUGGUGUCUUUGGGAAUUUUUAUGCAUCAGGGACACAGGAUGCAGAGGUAACAAAAUCACUGGUUUCCAUAAUGCAGCCAUACCUGACCUCCAUUCACCCCUUUAGAAAUGAGAAGGAAACGGCAAUGUGGGCCAAAUUAUCUUUCACUAAGACUUCUGAGAUCAUUACUGGUGACGUGCCGGUCAGCUGUUGGCCAAUUUGUUUUCUCUGUCCCUAGUGACAAUCCCAGUUGCAAAAGUUAACUUGGCCCAGUUUCCCUUGGUACUGUUGAGGAGAAUAAUUUGUUAAACAAUCCUGACCUUUUACACUUCUUGAUCAUUUCCGUUUUUCUCAUGUCCUUUACAGUGUAAGUUUAAUUGAGCAGUGUUGUUAUAACAACCCUCCAAGUUGCGACUAUUUUGGUCGCCAUGGCACCUAAAAUUUUGGAGCUAGCAACUUGAUUUGUAAAAAUGUCUCCCUAAACCAAAAGAGUUGGUUGCCAAAUGGGGACUGAGCAAAAACUUUAACUUGGAGGGUUGAAAAAUAAGGAGAAAUUAAAUGUUGGUUGCUCUUAGAUGUUAAAGGGUUAAUGUAACUGACUACAACAAAAUCCUUCUUACAGGUGAAGGCAUUUUCUAGUGCUCUUGCAAAAGGAGGUUUUGUCAAGCUGAAUGAACAUAGGAAAGUUAUACAUCCACAAACAUUUUAUUGUGGUGAGUAUGCAUAAAAUUUUGUGAUGUGCAUUUUUAAUGUAGUUAAUUUUAUUCAGUUAAAGCUUAGUUAUUAGAUUUAAAUGCAUUUUUUCCCAUUGUCAACUGUUUCUUUGUGGGUUCUGGGCCUCUUUUUGAAUUAAUGCUAUCAUGUUUCUGCUGAAAUUACCUCCCUAAAUACAUUAUAUAGAACUGCUAAUGGUCUCAACUGUGCCUAUUUUAAAUGAGCUGGAGUAUAUAACCUCAAUAUGACCAGUAAAUUAUCAAUAUAUUUAUUAACUAAAUGAGCUCUAAGUCAAGCUUGAUAUGGGGGGACAUUACCAUUUACAUGAAAAAUCCAGAAAUUCAUGUUGGAAAAACAAAUGGUUCAUGCAAUUCCAGUUUGGGAGCUUCAGAAAACAUGGGCUAAGAUUUGGGGGAUGCAAUUUUUUCCAUUCUUUUUACUCUGUUCAGCUGAUUUGGAUUAUACAUAGUAGCAGUUUGUUCUCCCACCACCUCAAGUUUUUCAGGGUGGUUUGUGUAAAUGGUAAGCACUCAGGAUCUCGGACCUUCUUUAUGGGUGGUGGGGGUACAUACCACCUAGCCUGGUUGCACUUUUUUGGCUGAUUCCUAGAAUAAGGUGUAAUAUUUUUUAAUGCACAGAAGUUUAACAUUAUCAGCAGUUGAAUUAAAUAUCCAGAAUGGGAUUCUUUAUUUAAAUUUGUGACUUAAAAUGGGUUAUCAUUUUGAAAACAAAAUCCCUGUAAUCACUGCAAUAAGUAGAGCUAUCAGUUGGUUUUACCAAGGGAGCAACUUCUCUGAUAUAUCUUGCUGUUCUGUAAAUUUUUUUUUUCUGUAGAUUAUACGCCCAAGAAUAGAAGAAGAAAGUGGAUAAGGCUACCUUCUUCUAAGAGAAAAAAGGAACACAUCACAAGAACAAAAUAAACUUUCAUUGUUUUAUCCAACAGCAACAGACUUGUUUUUAUUUACUUCCAUUCAACGACUUUAGAGACAAUCUUUUAUCACUUACAGCGAAAAGAGUAAUGCUUACAGUCAUGCAUGUGUUUGCUUCAUGCUCCAGCGAAAAAUAUACCCUGCGAGCAGAGUUUUCUUUCCAACAUGGCUUUUAGCAUAAAUUUUAUGAAGUUGUUUGCAUCACUUAUUAGUCGCAUAGCUAGUUUAUUUAUGCCCCAAGAGAAACCUCUGCAGUGAGCUGUCUGUGGUUUCUAUCGUGCAUUGUGCAUGUGCCAGAUCGUUAAUUUGUUGCUAUAGAUAAUAAUGACAUAAAUUUCAUCCACCUGAAAGAAAUACAAUUCAGUCAAACAUAAUUCUGAAAUUUACUU